AUGAGACCGAGAACCAGGAGCAGCUGGAGUGUUAGUGACGCAGAAGCAAUGGAGAAGUCUUCACACCAAAGGAAACGUGUCGCGCUAUCGGAGCAGCCACUCCACGAUAAUAAACUGAAAUCUUCAGUCGGGUCAUUGAGGAAUUCACAAGUCGAUGAAGGUAAAAAUAAGAUAUAUGGGAACUCUUCACAGACAACGAGUUCAGUGUCGUUGAAAAGACAGAUAUACCGUGAUGAUGAUGAUGAGGAACAAAAAUCAGAUGUGCGUUCAGAUGAUGAUAUUCUAGAGCCCAGGAAAAGUCAUAAGAGACUGAAAUGCGAGAGCUUAGAAAGACGUAGAGAAGAAUUGGACUCCCAGGAUAAAGAAGAUGUAACGAUGUGUUAUGAUUAUUCGGAUGAUAUUUUUGACCAUCUUUACACGAGACAGUUUGAAACUACGCCAAAGAUCAAUUAUUUGAAGGAUAAAAAUUACGAAUUUUACUUGAGACCGACGAUGAGAUCGAUCCUCGUUGAUUGGAUUAUAGAGGUUCAUUGUAAGUUUCAACUGUUACCGGAAACGUUGUACCUUUCGAUAAACCUCAUGGAUAGAUAUCUUUCUUUUAACAAAGUUACAUUACCAAAGUUACAAUUAAUUGCAAUCACGUCUUUAUUGAUUGCCGCCAAGUUUGAGGAGGUGAAUCUUCCUAAGCUAUCAAAUUACUCAUAUAUCACAGAUAAUGCUUACAGCAACGAUGAAAUCAAACAGGCCGAGUUUGUCAUUCUGAAUAAACUGGAAUACAACAUCGGAUGGCCUAACCCAUUAAAUUUUCUACGAAGAAUAUCCAGAUGUGAUGAGUACGAUUCAAUCACUAGAACUUUGGGCAAGUGUUUAAUUGGAUAUAUGAUUUCGUGCCCACACUUCAUCGACGUAGUGCCUUCUAAGAUUGCGUCCGUGGCAAUGUUCACUGCACAAAGAAUCGUGCAUGAAGACUUCCAAUGGGACGAAUUAUGGGAUUAUUAUUCAUGCUUUUCAUUCAAAGAUAAUGAGAUAGAGUUAAAAGAGUUAUCACAAAUUCUGAUAAACGAUAUUGCUAAGCCAACAACACAACUUAAUGCAUUAAUUCACAAAUACAAAAAAAUUGGCACAUGGAACAAAAUCCAUGAUUGGUGUUUGAAGCACUGUACUUAUGAAGAGCUGAACCCUAGCGACUACGCUUCAUCAUCACCUGCAUCUUCCACUUCACUAUGA